UCCGUAGCCGGCUAUUCCCUGUGAUUGCCAGCACAAUCUAUUCUAACCCUUUUCCCUUUUCCCUCACUUUAUAAUCCUCUUCAUUUCAGGACUCAGUCAUAUGUUCUCUUCUUCUAUCUGCUCUUCUUUCCAUGGGGAAGCAUAAUCAAAGACAGAAAACCAAUGCAACCACUAACGACAACAACCUUAACACCACAAACACUGUCACCAACAAGGUCAAACGAACAAGAAGAAGUGUCCCCAGAGAUUCCCCUCCUCAACGCAGCUCAAUAUACAGAGGAGUCACCAGGCACCGAUGGACAGGCCGAUAUGAAGCUCAUUUGUGGGACAAGAAUUGCUGGAAUGAGUCACAGAACAAGAAAGGACGACAAGUCUACCUCGGUGCUUAUGACGAUGAAGAGGCUGCAGCACACGCUUACGAUCUAGCAGCAUUGAAAUACUGGGGUCAAGACACCAUCCUCAAUUUUCCAUUAUCUACUUACCAGAAUGAACUGAAAGAAAUGGAGGGUCAGUCUCGAGAAGAGUAUAUUGGAUCAUUACGAAGGAAAAGCAGCGGCUUUUCUCGUGGAGUUUCUAAAUACAGAGGUGUUGCAAGACACCAUCAUAAUGGAAGAUGGGAGGCUCGGAUUGGCAGGGUUUUCGGCAACAAAUACCUUUACCUCGGAACUUACGCAACACAAGAAGAAGCUGCGACAGCAUAUGACAUGGCAGCUAUUGAAUAUCGAGGACUCAACGCUGUGACCAAUUUCGACCUUAGCCGCUACAUCAAGUGGCUUAAGCCAAACAAUAACGACAACACUGCGAACUCUAAUGUUCUUGACGCUAACCCUAAUUCUGAGACCAACUUUACCCCAAAUUCUAAUCAAGAACAAGGAUUCAAUUUUUUCCAGAGUCAAGAAUCGACGGUGACUCAGCCUCGAUCUUCUGGCGCCACGUCAGCCCUAGGACUUUUGCUGCAGUCGUCCAAGUUCAAGGAGAUGAUGGAGAUGACUUCCGCCGCCGAUUUGUCGACGGCGGCGUCGGGGUCUGAGCUGGUGCCGUGCACGUUUCCCGAUGACAUUCAGACGUAUUUCGAGUGUGAAGAUUCCAACAGAUAUGGAGAAGGGGAUGAUAACAUGUUCGGCGAGCUCAACGGGUUUGUGCCCCAUAUGUUUCAUUGUGAUGACUUUGAGUCUUGAAAAUGCACCGUGGAAGUAGAAGAUUGUUUGC